AUGACGCACGAUCUGUCGUCUCGCAUUGAGUAUUCGGAGAAAUAUGUGGAUGAUACACACGAAUACCGACACGUGAUCUUGCCCAAGGAAAUGCAACGCCAAUUACCCGAUCGCUUGUUGACAGAAACGGAAUGGCGACAAUUGGGUGUCCAACAAAGUCGUGGCUGGGUGCACUAUGCCAUUCAUAAACCAGAGCCACACAUUUUAUUGUUUCGACGUCCCCUUGGUACAGACCCUUCAACUGGUCGCGUAGAUCUGGAAAUGGAAAAGCAAGCAAAGGAGAAAUAUGCACAGGAGUUUAACUAA